AUGCUCCGUCAAACUAUCAUCCGACCUGCUGCCACCGCCAGCCGUGCCCUCCAGUGCCGUUCCUUCUCGGUUGCUGUGCCUCGUCUCGGCGAAGGUGACACCGGCGCCCCAAGGUCAACUGGCGGCUCAGUCUCUGGUGACGCAUUCACCAAGCGUGAGGCUGCCCAGGAGGCCCUGUACAUUCGCGAGAAAGAGAUCGAGAAGCUACAGAAGCUUAAGAAGCAGAUCUCCGAGCAGCGUAAGCACCUCGAUGAACUCGAGGGCCACAUUGACAGCUUGACCAAGGACCAGAAGCGUUAA